CCGUUUUCCAGUCAGCCAGAGGAGAUCCUUUGUAUGAAUGGCCACUUGGCGACACUUCGGCCCUUACCGAUGUUAUUGGUGGAAACGACAUAAUAGCUUCCGGUGAAGGACAGUGUUUCUUUCUCGGCGAAGGAUACCCUGGACUUUCAGGAGGAGCACUAACUCUAUCAAAAGAUUCUACGGAUUAUGUCGAAGUCAACUUGUCCCGAAAAGAACCGUUUAAAGAUUUCACAAUAUCAAUCUUAGUGUAUCCUGAGGGUACUCCGAGCGGAACGUUAUUCUAUUAUGCGAAGAAUGAAAUCGAGAAGUUUCGAUUAAAUUUUAUCUACACGACAGCUGUGGUGUCUUUCCGUGACGAGUACGAUAAUCCCGCCGGACUAAUCCCCGUCGAGGAUCUCCUUACGCCCGACCAGUGGAACCACCUGGUGGUCCAGCGGAGAUACACUGAUGGGGAGAUAACUAUGUAUGUAGAUGGAGUCAAAAAAAUUCAAUUAGACGAUGGUUUCCAGGACAACAUUCCGAUACCAAAUUCAGGGAUGUUGGCGGUAGGGGCCGUUCCAACUGAUCCAGAACAGCAGUUUUCCGGGCGGAUCGCUUGUCUCCAGGUGUUCGAUAAGAUUCUGACAGACAAACCAGGACAGCCGGACAACACAUGGAAUAAAUGUUUGCCCGAGAACUGGCAGGUCAAACCAGCCCUAAUCCUCCUGCCGGACGAUGACCAUCCCGGACAACACUGCCUGGCUGAAGCUGUUGAGGACCUGUCUAAUUUAAUCUCUCUCACUUCCCUCGUCAACGAGAAUAAGUGGCAACAUGUUCUUCAGCGUUUCCAAUGGCAGGAUAGUACGCGAGACGCUGGGUACUUCUCUCUCGUCUCGAAUGGUACCAGACCUUCAGUCUACGUCAGCGCUCUCGGUUUUGUAAACACAACCGGCGUGACCGUUUGUUCGCGCGUGUGUCUGCGCGUGGAGGGUUGUCAGUCGUUCGCAGUCGAUAGGGAAACACUAGAUGGUGUGCCAUGUUACCUUUACAACUACGUCUCGCGGGAUUUGGUGGCUGGAAGUUCUGCAAAGUAUUAUGGGAUGGAGGACUAAGGCAUUUCUAGUUAAAAUAUUUGUUCGUAGAAGUAAUGCAAUAUCGUUCCGUUCUUAACCGGGAUUUUUUGUGUGUCAAAAUUAGUGUUUGGGUAAUGUGUUGAUUGCUAAAGAGAUCAAAAGCAUUGUUAUAUAUUCGUAUUCAAAUAUCGUGCUACUUCAACACUCAAAAUUGUUAAUAAUCACAUUAUAAAGGGUUGCGGGUUCGAGUCACGGCACGGCCCUGUGUUGUAUCUAUAAGCA